AUGUCGGUCGCGUCGAAGCGGGCGCUCGAAUACCUCGAGGGCCAGCCGGGCAUCAUCUUCAACAGACUGUACCAGCAGCCCUCGACUGCCUUGGCCAUCUUCCGUCGCAUGUUGCCGCAUCUGGGUCAGUCAUGGUCACAAGGCAGCACUUGGAGAACAGUGAAGCUGACACGGAACNNAGCAAAGAAUCUGGUCAUGGCUAUGCUGUUCAUGCCUGCUCCGUUAGCAGUAUCCGAUCUCGAAACGUGGGUCAAGCCGGACGUCGACAGUGUGCGCGCAAGCGGCUACUCAAACAACAUCCUCAAUCGACUCAAGAUCCUCGAAGAAACUCGCAACGACCAGAACAGACCCGCAUACCAGCUCAACAAGGCCUUCCGAAAGUCUCUGCGUCUGGCUCUGACUGGUGGAGGAGAUCAUCGCUCCUUCGGUGUUCCAUCAAGCACCCCAGACAAGAACGAAGUCACCAUCGACUUUCUCGACACUUACGCCCGUCAACAAUGGGAGGGCAUCUUGUACUACGUCGUCGGAAGUGCAGGCCAGGGCUUGGGUGGUGCCGUCAACAUCACAGCUGGAACAAAAGAGUUGCUGGAGAGUGGAGGCUUUGUCAUGAGCAAGGGUCGGAAUGCAUACAUCACUCGCGAUGGCUUUUCUUUUCUGCUGCAAGAAACCAAUGCUCAAAUUUGGACGCUGCUCAUCGAGUAUCUCAAGCUGUCAGAAAGGCUUCAGAUGGAUGCUGUCGACGUCUUGAGUUUCCUCUUCACUCUGGGCUCGCUCGAACUCGGCGUUUCCUACACGACUGAGAAUCUGACUCCAACACAAGCCCAUAUGUUGGAUGACCUAUCCGACUUUGGCGUCAUCUACCGUCGUGCGUCUGACACCUCGCGCUACUACCCAACACGACUGGCCACCACUCUGACAUCCGACUCGCCCGCCUUGCUAAACACUUCCGUCUCAGCCACCUCCCUCGGAGUCACACCAACAGGCGGAAACACAAUCGCCCCGCAAGAAACAGAAAAAGGCUACAUCAUCGUCGAAACAAACUACCGCAUCUACGCCUACACAUCCUCCCCACUAAACAUAUCCAUCCUCUCCCUCUUCGCAAACCUCAAAACCCGUUUUCCAAACAUGUUCACCGCAACCCUCACAAAAUCUUCCAUCCAACAGGCCAUCGCUGCAGGCAUCACCGCUGAUCAAAUCAUCACAUAUCUGACUACACACGCUCACCCCAUUCUCCGCAAAUCAACGCCAAUCCUGCCGCCAACAGUAGUGGAUCAAAUCAGACUCUGGCAGUUGGAAAACGAGCGCAUGAAAGCCACACCAGGAUAUUUGAUCAGAGAUGUGGGCACACAAGAAGAAUAUCUCAGAGCCGUGCAACAUGCCGACACGAUCGGAGUCUUGACGUGGCAGAACGACUCCAAGGGCAUGUUUUUCGUCACAAAAUUUGACCAGAUGGCGCAGUACUUUAAAGCUAUCGCUAGGAGGAGGAGAGAGGAUGAGGGAGGUGCUGGAGACGUUACGCCGAGGUAG